UACUUUGGGCUGGGGAUUCUCCGGUGGGAAACCGUCCUGGACCGCGGCAGCGUAGAGAGCUCCGGGCUACAGCCCGCGCGGCCCGCAGAGGUGGGGCCCGGGAGAGCCGCGGAACCUGCUCCUUCCAGCUCGCCUGCCGAGCUCCGGCCCUGGUGGCCGAGGUCGCCGAAGAGGCUGGCUCGGCAAGAGCCGGCUACCCAGGCCCGCGAACCUUCCCAAGCUCAGGACGACUACGCAGCCAUGGGCUACCAGGGGCAGCUGCCGGUCAUCCCGCCGCAGAGAGAUCUAGAUGGCAAAGAGACUCUCGUUUCUCAACAUAAACAUAAAGAGAAAACUUGUCGUCAGUCCGCUGCUGUUUUUAAUGUUGUCAACUCAAUCAUAGGAUCCAGUGUAAUAGGAUUGCCUUAUUCAAUGAAGCAAGCUGGCUUUCCUCUGGGAAUAUUGCUUUUAUUCUGGGUUUCAUAUGUAACAGACUUUUCCCUUGUUUUAUUGAUAAAAGGAGGAUCCCUCUCUGGAACUGACACUUACCAGUCUUUGGUCAAUAAAGCCUUUGGUUUUCCAGGAUAUCUCCUCCUCUCUGUUUUGCAGUUUUUGUAUCCUUUUAUAGCUAUGAUAAGUUACAACAUAAUAACUGGAGAUACUUUGAGCAAAGUUCUUCAAAGAAUACCAGGAGUUGAUCCAGGAAACUUGUUUAUUGGUCGCCACUUCAUUAUUGUGCUUUCCACAGUUGCCUUUACCCUGCCUUUAUCCUUGUACCGAGAUAUAGCAAAGCUUGGAAAGAUAUCCCUUAUUUCUACAGUUUUAAUAACGCUGAUUCUUGGAAUUGUAAUUGCAAGGCUAGUUUCAUUGGAUUCACACAUACCAAAAACAGAAGAUGCCUGGGAAUUUGCAAAGCCCAAUGCCAUUCAGGCUGUUGGUGUUAUGUCAUUUGCAUUUAUUUGCCACCAUAACAGCUUCUUAAUUUAUGGUUCUUUGGAAGAACCCACAAUAGCUAAGUGGUCCUGCAUCAUCCAUGUGUCCGUCUUGGUUUCUGUAUUUAUCAGUAUGCUCUUUGCUGCAUGUGGAUACUUGACAUUUACUGGCUUCACACAAGGAGAUUUAUUUGAAAAUUAUUGCAGAAAUGAUGACCUGGUAACAUUUGGAAGGUUUUGUUAUGUCAUCACUGUCAUUUUGACAUACCCAAUCGAAUGCUUUGUGACCAGAGAGGUAAUUGCCAAUGUGUUUUUUGGUGGGAACCUUUCAACAGUUUUCCACGUUAUUGUCACAAUGGCUAUCAUUACUGUAGCCACGCUUGCGUCAUUGCUGUUUGAUUGCCUUGGAAUAGUUUUAGAGCUCAAUGGUGUACUCUGUGCAGCGCCUCUAAUUUUUAUCAUUCCAUCAGCAUGUUAUCUGAAACUGUCUGAAGAACCGAGGACACACUCAGAUAAGAUUAUGUCCUGUGUCAUGCUCCUGACUGGUGCUGUGGUGAUGGUUGUUGGAUUCUUCAUGGCCGUCACACAUCCUCAAGACUGCACCCAUGGGCAGGAAAUGUUCUACUGCUUUCCUGAAAAUUUCUCCCUCACAAACACCCCAGUUUCUCAUUUUCAACUGACAACACAACUUUCCAUUUUAAACAUCAGUAUCUUUCAAUGAGCUGACUGCUUUUAGAAAUGUUUUCGUAGUCUUCUAAACCACAAUACAACU